GCGCGCAGAGGCAGGCAGAAACCGAGAGACGGGCGGGCAUCAGCGGUACAGGCAGCUGCAGCAGCAUCAGCGGAGGAACCACAAACCGCGGAGGAAAGCCACUCGAAGCCGAGGGGGACAGUGCAGGACGCAGCGUACAGCCACACGCCAGACGGGGCCAGAGAUCCAAAAUGGGAGGCAAGCUCAGCAAAAAGAAGAAGGGAUAUAAUGUGAACGACGAGAAGUCCAAAGACAAGGACGCCAAAGCGGAGGGUGGUGCGGCUGAGGAGAGCGAAGCGCCCAAAGAAAACCAGGAGGAGAGCGCUGCCGCCGACGCUAAAGAUGUCGCUAAUGACACGGCAGCUAAAGACGCCCCUGCCACCGACGCUGCAGCCGCUAAACCUGAGGAGAAGAAAGAGGAGGCUAAACCCGCUAACGCCGAGGCCGCUACAACUGAGGAGAAACCACCUGCUAAAGCUGAGGAAAAACCAGCUGCCAAGGAGCCCGAGGCCAAGACAGCGCCACCUGCAGCGGCAGAGGGCAAAGACGAGGCCAAAAAGACUGAGGCCCCCGCGGCACCAGCCACCAAAGCUGAGCCCAAGCCCACAGAGGCAGCACCCGCUAGCGCACCGGCCAACGCUAAAGAGGCUAGCUCCACACCAGCCGCCGAGCCCCCUGCUAAGGAGGCCAACGCCACAGAGGCACCGAGCAAGGAUCAAACCGUAGCAGUUCAAGAUUAAUGGACAGCUCUUUUGGGAAAUUGAAGUCAACAAUGUAAUGUCAAACAAAAAUCUGAAGAAGAUUAACUAGCCCAUGCAUAUUCUGAUGAGAUUAACAAUAAUAAUAAUAAUAAUGUUCAGAUAUGUGGAGAUAACUCGAGACACAACCUAGAGGAGAACCCGCGCACUGCUGCACAUGUGACUAUUGCUAUUAUUAUUGUUAGCAUUUACUUCUUUUCUGAUGUAGUAUUUGAACUUUGGUACGAGUCUGUUUUGAACUUUUCAUUUUUUCCAUUUCCAUCCAUAACCUUCCCCCAAAUUUCCCUCCAAAAAAGACAAUAUGCAGAUUAGGCCCAAACUAUAACGAUGAUAAUGUGUUAAACUAAGUUUAUAUCUAAUGACAUGAAUAAUUGUGACAAUGGCCUUUCCAUUUGCAAAUAUAACUAUAAUACUAAUACUGAUUUAAAAUAGGUUAUAUUUUAUUUAGGAAAUGUUGCAAAGAGAAAACAGAACAAAGUCAUAUUUCUAUAAAUACUCUUUAAAACAUGCAAGCAUGAAAAUAUUUGUGAUAUUCUUGAAACAGUGAUGAGUUUCUUUGUUAAUAUUAUGCUGAUAAUGCAUCUGACCGCAUGGUUCUUCUUAUAAUCAAACCUUAUUUAUUCAAUUCUCUACCAAUCUUGACAUAUUUUUCAGUUUUUGCAAAUUCCGAUGCAAUAUUCCUAUUUCAAAUUUGUUUUGAGGCUGUGAAACAUCAGCUACAGUUUUCACAUAGAAUUUAACACAAGUCUGUGGCACAUGUUUGAUUCAUAUGAUUUGAUUCAUUAACUUCUUUUCAACAGUUGACUUUUUUCAGCCUUUUUAUUCAAGUCCAAAUUUUCCACCACUUUACCAGCAGUAUUCAUCACUAGAAAUAACCUUUAUUUUAUACUCUUAAAAUUAAGAUAUUGUCAAAAACAAAAGACACCUUUGGCACGAAACCAAAUGUAGACCAAGAAAUUAAAUGUAGACAUUUUUCAAAAUAGAUUUUUUAUGAAAUCAUUAAAGUAGAUUUUUAAUAUUUGUAAUUAAAUCUACAAAUCUGUUCAGCUUUUACAAAAAAAUACAAGAUUUUUUAAGUAGAUCUUUAACAUGUACCUAGAAUUUAACCUUGCACAUUAGUUACAUCAAUUUAAAAUGUCUAAAUUUAGCACAAUACAAACUUUGGAGAUACCAGUUUAACAGUUCACAUUUGGACUAUUUGAAUAACAAUCCAGUUCCGUAUCCCCAGAUGUUUGCGCCUGUGUGGUUUGCAGCAACAUUCCACAUCACAAAGGCCUGUUUAUUUAGCGGAAACUCUGGAAAUCUGAAAGAAUUCCUUCAUUCUCUCAUCCAUUUUCACCUCCUCCUCCAUCGCCCUGACAGCACAUAUGGACUGCACACGGGGGCGGCUGCAAUGUAAAGACCGCUCUCAAAAAUAAAAGGAAUUCUAUAGGCCAAUAAUCUAUUCAGCAGAGGUGGGCAGUGCUCGGUUACAUUUACUCAAGUACUUUUACUCCUACUUGAGUAAUAUGUUUAAAGUGUAACAGUACUCUUAUUUGAGUAAAGCUUUGGUUACUCUUCCCACUGUGAGUAAAUCUAUGAAAAGGAUUUGAACAUUUGUGUUUCUUGCACCGCUCGGAUGUAAUUUAGUUUUGCAAAUUUAUGUGUCUAUCCUUUUAAAACUCCAAAUUUCCUGAUUAUUUUAACUACCUAAACUUCAAAUUAUAAAUCAAAAUGUUAUAUAGUUAAUCUUACAGUUACUUGAGGUGUAGUAUAUCCAACCAAAUGCACUAAAACUCUCCUUGGACCACUUCUACUUGAGUAAUAAGUAAAAAGUACUACAAUACUUCUCCUCAAGUACAAUUUUGGCUUCUCUGCUUACCUCUGCUAUUCAGUCAAUAGAAAAUACAAAAUGCUAGUGACAUAAUACAAACCUAGCCCUGAUUUGGUUCCAUUCAGUAGCGGUGUGUCCUUAUUGGUCCAUUACUAUUACAAAGCUCGCGUCCUAUUGGUCAGUCCGUUUGUGCCUGCCUCCUGACUGCUCCCCCCUCCACCCCCACUCCUCAGUUGGCUCUCGGGGCCGGUGGCUUUCUCCUCGGCAGAAUCCGUAGCAACCAAACCCACCGCCGGACCCGCGCCGCCGGCCCCGCAGAGCCGCCCUGACUCGGUAAAUUUGCAUGUCUGUGGUUGGGUGAAUCUGUAGUCCUGUCUUUUUGGUCCCUGUGGAAACCAAACUGAUCCGAUCCGGUCCAAACGUGUGCCAGCCGGGUGGGUCCCUGCCCCGCUCCCAUGGGCACGGUGCUCGUCAAAACCAAACCAGUCAAAGUGAGAUCAACAUUUGGACAUAUUGUGUGUAUUUGUAAAAAUGGUGCAACAAUAAAACCACAACAAUUGACUCCAAA